AUUUUGGAACAUUGAACAAUGUAAAUCUAUUCUAGUAGACCUCAACAAUGGAAUUAUGAUCAGUAGAAAUGGCCAUGUCAUGGGACCUUUUAAACCAAUUACAUCUAUAUUAAGUUUAAAUAUUGCCCAAAUCCAAUCUUAGAAUUAGUACAGAUUGAUAAAAACAAUACAAUUGUAUUUAUUGGAAAAUAUAUUUAAUGCAUCUCAACUUAAAUGAUAUACAAAUGUCUUUGUUUUUGUUACAUGCCGAUUCAACAAAUGUAUCCUUUGUCCAGAGUCUUGCUACCAUUCUGCAAACACCUCUUCAUCCCCGAUGAUCUCCGUCCAGCCUGCAGUGCCCACCUGAAAGAACUGGCCAGAGAAAAUAUUUUCAAGGUCAUCAACAUUGAUGAAAAACGGGUGGCUGAAUAUACAAAGAGGUUUUUGCCACAGGACUGGAAGCAGAUGAGCAAGGGGCAUGUUACCUGGGAUGUCAGCAGCAAUCAACAUCCACCUUUAGAGUGGCUCCAAGAGUUCUGGACAUUUCUCAACACUCACUUCAAAGAGUUAAGUAAUUUCAUUGGAUUGCCAUUGAUACCAGUCAGUCCCCUGUCAGUCAGUCAGCCAGUAUCACUAGCUAUACUAGAGCAGAAGACAACCUUAAUUUUUCAGAAAAGGAAGCAGAUGCACUUGCCAGAAAAAAUAACUGAGUUGGUGAGCAAACUUGGUGCCACAGCGGUAAGAGAAAACGACUGGCUCAAACACGAAGACCUUGACUCAUAUGUGCUGUGCCCAUCUCCAAGGAGUGUCAUGAAAGUAUUGGUGAACCUAGAUUCUCAGAAUCUCAUCAGAGAUCUCAAAACUGCCUCUCACGGAGCACGAGAAGAACUGAAAGAUUAUCUCUCUCGUCUUGAUUGUCUCUCAGUCACUGAGAAAGAUUUACUCUCAAAGUUGCCUCUGUUUCAAACCAUGAAUGGAUCAUGUGUUGCAGCUCAAUCAAAGCAGGCCGUGCUUCUGAUGUCUGGUCUAAAAGUACCAACAGAUUUCCCUAUGCCUGAUUCAGUUGUGCGGUGUGCAACUGAGGCUGAUCACAGACUGUUACAGCUGCUCAAAGUUAAACUUUUGGACACUGCUGAAGCAGCUCAUCUCCUUAUUGACUGUAUUGAGAGCAGGGCUUGCAGAAGAGAAGACACUGAGAAAAUCAUGACUUGGAUUUUACAGGAUGGAGCUAUCCUUUUCUCUCAAAAUCAGACCUUGAAACACAGAUGUAAGGAUUUGAGCUUCAUUGAAGUGAAUGGAGAACUGAAAAAACCCUCAGCCUUUUUUGAUCCAAAAAUUAAAACCUUUAAAGUCAUUUUCGAGUCAGAUUUCUUCCCUCCACCUCUUUACACUGGCACAUCGCAGAUGCUUCAAAGCCUAACUGAUCUUGGCUUACUAAACCAAGAAGUAGAUGUGUCACCGGAGCACUUCUUGCAUGCUGCCACACUGAUUGACAAAGCGGAUGUUGACUCUCAAACUGAGGCUCUUAAUAGAGCUCAGGUGCUCUUGAAGAUGUUGGAUACUAAUGAUCUACUGUUUAAGUUUUCUCCUGAGCAGCUUCAUUGCAUCAAAAUGCUAAAAUGGAUCCCAUGUACUAAGCCUGGUAAUGAUAACACGUACGGCAAUGACACAUCUCAGAGAAGUUGUUUCUUCUGCCCUGAUGAAACAAGACAUUCUGAUUAUGCGGACAUUGUUGAGCAUGUAAUGCCUCUGGGUACUUUCAGUGACAGAGUUAGCAGCCAACUUGGUCUCAAACGCCUACCCCCACCUGAAAAAGUGAUAGAGAAUUUGUCUGCUCUGACAUCAAAAGCACAGAAAAUGACUGAUCCUGACACAAAUGUGGAUUUUAAAAGAAAGCUGCAUAGCAUUUACAAACACAUGCAAGACCACAUAAAUGAAUUUUCAAGAAAGAUGAAAAAGGAUACACACUGGCUGUGGAGCGACGACCAGUUUGUAUCACCACAGGAUCUGGUUCUAGACUACCCACAAAAUCUUGAUCUGAGUUCUUAUAUUAGGAAGGUUCCAAAUGAAUUUUUGCCAUACAAGAAGUUGCUUCAGGAGUUUGGACUAAAAACAUUUACAACAAGUCAGUUUCCAACUGUGCUGCAGGAAAUACACACUCAACAUGGCAACAAGACCCUGCCAGAGAAAGACCUUUUGAUUUGUCUCACAAUUCUCAGAGGAAUAUAUGAGGCCAAAGAUGAGACAACCAACUGUCUGAUACCCAAUGAACAUGAUGUUCUACAACCUGCAAGUAAGAUGUUUUUCAAUGACAGCCCAUGGAUGGCAGUUGAUCCAGGUGUGACAUUAUGUCACAAGGAUAUCCAACGUGCUAUGGCUUGUCACUUUGGAAUUAAAACAACAAGGCAUGAUACCCUGCAAAACUAUACAGUUGAGAACAUUUCACCAUUUGCUUUUCAUUUUGAACAGCAGGAACAACUAACUGUUCGAAUUAAAAACUUAAUUUCAGCCUAUCCAUCAAAGAAAGAUAUCCUUAAAGAGCUUAUCCAAAAUGCUGAUGAUGCAGAGGCAACUGAAAUUCACUUUGUUUGGGACAAACGACAGCAUGGCACAGAAAAAACAUUUGGAAAGAAAUGGAACAAACUGCAGGGUCCAGCACUGUGUGUUUUCAACAACAAAGUGUUUUCUGAUGAUGACCUGAAGGGCAUCCAACAGCUGGGAGAAGGAGGAAAGCGCAACUCUCCAGGGAAGACAGGGAAAUACGGAGUAGGAUUCAACUCUGUUUACCAUCUGACUGACUGCCCCUCCAUCCUCACUGGAGAUAAACUACUCUGCAUUUCUGAUCCCAAUCAAAAAUUCAUUGAAAGUCAUUCAGACAAACCACCAGCUGGCACUGGCUAUAAACUAGCUGACACUUUUAAGAACAUGUACAUGGAUGUCUACAAAUCCUUUCUUCCAGACAAAUUUCCCCUGAAAGAUGGCACCAUGUUCAGAUUGCCCUUAAGGAUCGGUACCAUGGCAAACAGCUCUAAAAUAUCACAGCAGGGAGUCACAGACCAUGACAUGAAUGAACUUUGCUCUGCACUCUCUGAAGAUCCUGAAGGACUGAUUCUGUUUCUGAAAAACAUCUGCAAAAUAGAGGUCCAUGAAAUCAAUGAACAUUCAGGGAUACUCAAAACAAUCUUUAUGGUUGAAAAAGACCUACCACAGAUAAGCCGAGAAAGUAAAGAGGCUUUUGUUAAGCUUCAACAAAAUGCGCUGCAAUCUGACAAACCAAUCACGCCAGACAAGGCUAUAUACAGUGCACUCAUUUCAACCUCCGAUAAAAGACAAAGAAAAUGGAUCAUUGCAGAACAGUUUGGGACAUUCAAAAACAGUGGCAAAGGAGAUCAAACACUUCCAAAAAAACUUCCUCAAGCAGCAAUAGCGGCGCUUGUGAGCUCAAAGGUCUCUGGUGAAGCCCCAUCUAGCAACAUGUGUUUUAUUGGAGAAGCCUUUUGUUCACUUCCUUUGCCAGGAACAACUGGACUGCCAGUGCAUGUCAACGCAAACUUUGAGGUAGAUUCUGCCAGGAGAAGCCCUUGGAAAGAAGAUGGGCAAAGUCUCAAAUCUAACUGGAAUGAAUCUUUGAAACAGAAUCUCAUUGCUCCACUUUAUGCUGAUCUCCUUCAGUACAUCUGCCACCACUUUGCAAAAAAGAAAACCACUUAUGCAAGUCUUGAGUCAUUCUAUGUGGGCUUUUGGCCAAACGUGUCCAAACAUGUUGGCCAGGAUUGGCAUAAAAUGAUACAUGAGGUUUACAGAUCAAUCAAAGAAAAAGGUCUUGAUGUGAUUCCAGUUCUGAGGAGUUCAACACGCAAUGUUGCAGGCCGAGAAUUGAAGACAUAUUCUUUUGACUGGUGUAAUGUCAGAGAAAAUGAAACAACUAAGGCACCUUAUCUCACACACUCGGAAACAGACGGGAUAAUACCAAUUUUGGAAGAUCUUGGAAUGACAUUGGUACCUUCUUUCAUGCAAAAUGUUUGGGAAAGCUUCAGAACCGCAGACAUUGCAGUAAGAGAUGUAAAUCCUUCAAGUGUGCAGACUUUCCUCAGAGAAAUAACCGUCAAUGACCCGACCAGAACAGACAAGGAUUUACCCCUGCCCAUAACUGCCACCUUGAUCAGAGAUGGAAAAAGAUGUUCUGAGCUCUUGAGUUUCUUCUUAAAAGACUUUAAAAAGACAGCAGAAGACAACUCCAUUACACUCAAUGGACUUCCACUUCUUCUCACAAGUGAUAACGUUUUGAGAGUGUUUGACUCCAAAUCUCCCAAGCUGAUAUCGAGUUAUGAGAGUGUGUUCUUUGCCGACAAGGAACAAUUUGCAGACUUUCAGACAAACGGAGAGAACAUUGAUGCUCUACAAACUUUAAACCUUGUCGAAAGAUUGACAGUUCCCUGCGCAGCAAAAUAUCUGAAGCCGUUAAUUCAGCAACUUCUUCAGAGCUGUGAAGUUGAUCCACAAAGUGGUCUUCAUGUCCCAAAUAAGAGAAUGUUGAAGUGGUUGAAAUCACUUUGGAAUUUCUUAACAAGUGAAAUUAAACCUGCAACAUCUAAUGGUGAUGAAGAAAGCCUGACAUUAAGUGAUGUUAGGCAGCUCUUCAGCGACUGCUGCAUUUUACCUGUUAUAUGUCCAAGGUUGAACAACAAACACUUCCUGAAAACAAUGAAAGACAUGCCGAGUGUGAUUAAGAGCACCUCUGGAGAGGACAUAUCAGGCAUCCUUUUUAAACUUGGUUUUAUGAAGCUUGAAAGUACAUUCGUCUCUGAGAUGCCUUUAGAACAAUGCUUACUUAUUUACUCUGAACUUAUGGAUGUGAAUGUUAAAGGCUCUGUGUUGGAGCAGCUCUACAACAUAAACCACUCAGAGUUUUCCAAGCUUUCAAAUCAGGAUUUGAAAGAGCUUCAGUGUGACCUGCAGUCUGGAGUAUCCAAGUCCAAAGACAAACAAGAAUAUCAAAGAAAGCUAAAAUCCUUGCCAAUAUUUGAAACUAUACAUGGUAAACGAGUAAGGAUUGAUGGACCUAAAGAGGUAUUUAUCGUCAACUGCACAUAUUCAAAGACAUUUCCGGAUUUGUUCUCCCUAUCUGACAGCAACAGCAUUUUUCUCCAAAACAGUACUGCAAACAUCUGUCUAGCAGAAACAUUGAAGAUCCAAACCAUGAAUGAUUUUAAAUAUUUCAUGAAGUUUAUUCUGCCUGUUGUACACACACUCACUGGGAUGCAAAAGCUUCACUGCCUCAAACUCUUACUGACACCACAAUUCAUUCAUUGUGAGUGUAGGGAAACAAUCAUCUCCUCAAUGAAGACAGUGAAAUUGAUUGCCAAUUCUCAAGGCACAUUGGAGAAGGCAUCAUACUUCUUUGAUGAGAAUGUUGAGCUGUACAAAGAAAUGUUGCCCCAAGAGAGGUUUGUACCUAAGAGAUUUUGGACUGAGUUGUGUGAAGGGCUUUUUCUACCAGACCCAAAGAAGCUACUGAGAGACCUUGGAAUGCAUGUGCUGUCAACAGAUUACAUAAUUCACUUUGCACACCAGUUAGAAUCAGAAGCAAAAGGAAAUGGUGACCUUAACGAUUUGGAACCAAAGUCAUCUUUAAUAUUCAAAGCAGCCUUGAAUAUACAGAUUGAGGACAAGCGUGAAGAGAAAAUGUUUCUGGAGGAAAUGGCUGACAUCAAGUUCCUUUUUCCUGUGAAAAUUCAAAAAGAACUGCAAAACUUCCACCAACCAUUUGUGGCUGAGAGAACUGCCGUUAAAAUCAGGGGAUCUUUGAUAGACACUGAAGCCAAGCAUCAAGAACUGGUUUGGUCCUCAAUGCCAAUUAUACAUCUACCUGUUUAUAAGUCAGAGGAAGUCCUGGAAAGGAUGAAUAAAGCUGGAGCUCAUGAACAACCACCGCCAAACUGUGUCACCAGUAACAUGAGGAACAUCUGUCAGUCGCCCUGUAAAGAUCAAAAGUCGAUCCAAACCCGUGCUGAGGUUUUUCGAAGUGCAUAUGAAUACCUGCAAACAAACACGUUUGAAGUCCAAACAUUGGCUGGUCUUCCUGUGGUUUUGGUUGAAAAAGACAAGGAACUUGCAAAGCCUGAUGAUACUUCUUUUUCACUCCCGCACGAGCGCGAGUUCAGACCGUAUUUGUACAAAGUUUCUCCGAAUGAUGUGAUCUUUUCAAAGUUCUUCAAGGAAAUUGGUGUGAAGGACACACCUACAGCAGUGCAGUAUUUUAAUGUUCUGGUAGCAGUUUAUGCUGAUUCCUGUGAGAAACCUCAUCUUAACCCAAACCAACAAAAAACUGUGAAACGUGCUGUUGAGCAGUUUUUCAGUUCAAUCAAAACUGAAGAAAACCAGUCCCUUGUUGAUAAUUCAAUGACUUUGUAUCUUCCUGCAGUAGAUGGUAAAGUAUACCCAUCCUGCAAACUCUACUACAAUGAUACAGUGUUUGAGAGCAAAAGGUUGGAAAAAGCGCUGGACAAUAAGUUUUUGUUGCUUGAGAAACUAAGUGAGUGUCACUUAGGCAAUGACGUGUAUGAGCAUCACCGGUUGCUGCGAUUGCUGCCUCAAACUUUUAAGCCUAAUAUGCUGUCUCAAUUCACUGAGGAGAAAGUAGUGGAAUCAGACAUGCAGCUUUGUGAACUUGGUGCUGACUGUGAAUUUAGUGGAUUGUUUGACAGACAUUUGUCCUCAGAAGCAUUUAUACAUGGACUCAUUUGUCUUAUCAGAGACCAGUCCCAGGGGGAAAUAACACAAGAUGAUGCUACUGAGAUGUGCAAGAAGACUUUUGGCAGCAUUCAGAUUGUCUGCUGCAAUAGUCUAAAAACUGAGCUUUGGGUGAAUCAACAACCACUACACCAGACUGCCUCACAAACCGAUGUUUUUGUCAAACAAGAGCAACAAGGUUGCAUAUUUUACAUGAAACACAACAACAACACGAUUCAUAAGGUGAUAAGUGACGUCAAUAUGACAUUGACAAAGGAGAUUAAUGCUCUUUUAGGUAACAUAUUGGAAUCGAAACAGCUCCUGGUCCUCGUACACCUUCUCACGUGUGACAAUAUGCAAGAUGUUCAGAAAACUCUGGCUAAGAAUGGGAUCCUGGACAGUGCUGAAACUCAAAGCAUUUUCCGCAAUCCACCAGCCCCUGCAACAGAAAUCCUAGUGGAAUGGCAUGAUUCGUUAGACAUGAACAUCCUCAAUAACUUUGAAGAGGGCGAACAUGUUGGCUACAGCACCAACAACAAGUAUAUCUAUGCAGUUAUUGUUGAAGAACUGCCUGGGCAGUCGGGACCAUAUUCACACAGAUACAAAAUAGAAAUUGGAGACGAUGAGCCCAUUGAAGUCAGUUGUCUGAACCUGUAUCAGUUUAAAUGACAAAAGAAACCAGAACCUAAAGGAAGUUCCUCUUCUACGAGAUCCUCACCAGCCUCUCUUGAAGAAGCUAAAAUGGAAAUUGACAAAUGUUUAAAAGAGAUUUGGACUCUUCCUGAGGAGGAAAAGCAUAAAGCCAUCAAACGACUUUACCUUAGAUGGCAUCCUGACAAAAACCUUGACUGCAUACCUCUUGCCAUUGAGGCAUUCAAAUACCUGCCGAAUCAAAUUGCUGAGCUCAGCAAAGGGAAGGGCAAAGGCAAAAAUACAGGCUCAUCUUAUUCAAGCGGAAGAUCAGAUUUCAAGAACUUCUAUGAUGAAUGGAAUCAGGAGGCCAGGCAUCACAGAAAUGCUAGAGACGGAUUCUCCAGAAGCAACCGUUCCUACAAUUUUUGGACACAUAAUGAAAAUGUCCUAAGGCCAAACAAAGAAGAGGCCCAACGCUGGAGAAGACAAGCUCGCUGUGAUCUCGACGCAGCCUACAAAGACGUUAGUGGGGCGAGCACAGAGUGGUGUCUGUUCAAAGUCCAUCAAGCAGUGGAAAAGUCUAAGAGAGAUGGUCAGCAUCCCACCAGCAGCUCCAUUUUAUCCCUUGCAGCAGAAGUUUCCCUCUACAACCUCAAACUGAGAGUUCUUCCUCAAAUAGUGAGGAAUCUGAAGGCGUUGGGAGUGGACGACAAAAAAACUCAGUAUCCAAACUGCCAUCCAUUUCCCCAUAUUCCAAAUGAGCAGUUCAAACCAGAGAAUGCGUUGUUGGCACUGGAGAGCGCAUCUGAGCUUCUGAGUUUAGUCGAGGAAUAUGUAAAUUAAGGAUUCAAGACAAACUGACACGUCAUGUUGGUAGAGUAAAUUUAGGUCUGUUCGACAUGUAAAAUGGCAUUAGCCAUAUUCUUAUAUUAAAACAUUACUCUGAAGAAAAUAAUAGUACCAUUUGUUGAAAAGAACAUAUAUCUGUCAAAAUGCUGACAUAAAAUGUGUGUGUAAUGUAGGGACUUUCUGAAGCCAAUGAAAGGCCAUUGUAAUGUAAAUAUGAUAUUUUGAGUAUUGUUGAAGUAUUACCCAUAGGCCCUCUAUUAUUUUGUUAUGGAAAUGAAACCAAGGAAGGUAUAUUUAUGCAAAGUUAUCGUUUAUGACCACUCACUUGGGAUCACUUUAAACUCUGUAUUACUUGAUUUAAAAAAAAAAAAAAUGAUUAUUGUUCUACAAAUGUACAACUACUCAAAGUCAGGUCCAAUAUAAUAUCUGUAUGACUUUUCUUUUUACUAUAUUAUCAUUUAUACCUAUCCAUUAGGUCCAAUAUAAUCUCUGUUUUACUUAUAUAUUAUUACUUUAUUUUAAAUACUUUCUAAAAAUGCAAUUAUAAUUUUUUUUGUUCAGCAUUGUUGUAAACAUUUACAAUUUCUAACUGUGACGACCAAUAUAAUAUAUGUAUGACUAUUAUAAAAAUAUCAAUAUAUUUUUUCGCAUGUUAACCUUUACACUGAGGACCAAAAUGAUCGCUGUAUGACUUUUUCCUCACAGUUUUCUAAACACUGAGUUUCACUGAGUUAUCAAUAAGUCAAAGAAAUAAUGGCAUAACCACAAAUAUAUUAAUUAUUGAAUAUGAUGUUAUGUUCUGUUAUCAUUUAUUACUACUUACUCAGGAUCAAUAUAAUCCCUGUACCACUUUUUUUGGAAAGUACAAAUGCCACAUUGAGUUUCUGAAGCCAAUGAAAGGCCAUUGUAAUGGAAAUGUAAAUAUGAUAUUUUGAGUAUUGUUGAAGAGUUUUGACUACUCACUCAGGAGGACCGGCCCUCUAUUAUUUUGUUAUGGAAAUUAAACAAAGGAAGUUAUAUUUAUGCAAAGUUAUCGUUUAUGACCACUGACUUGGGAUCACUUUAAACUCUGUAUUACUUUUAAUUUUUUAUUAUUGUUCUACAAAUAUACAACUACUCAAAGUGUGACUUUUUAUGAACAUAUCGAGAUUUUCUUUGAAAUGUUGUAAACGGUUAAAACUCACUGAGGUCCAAUAUAAUAUCUGUAUGACUUUUCUUUUUACUUUAUUAUCAUUUAUACCUAUCCAUUAGGUCCAAUAUAACCUCUUUUUUACUUAUAUAUUAUUACUUUAUUUUAAAUACUUUCUAAAAAUGCAAAAAAAAAAAUGUUUGUUCAGCAUUUUUAUAAACAUUUACAAUUUCUAACUGUGAAGACCAAUAUAAUAUAUGUAUGACUGUUAUAAAAAUAUCAAGAUUUUUUUUGCAUUUGGUUAACCUUUACACUGAGGACCAAAAUGAUCGCUGUAUGACUUGUUCCUCACAGUUUUCUAAACACUGAGUUUCACUGAGUUAUCAAUAAGUCAAAGAAACAAUGGCAUAACCAGAAAUAUAUUAAUUAUUGAAUGUGAUGUUCUGUUAUCAUGUAUUACUACUUACUCAGGAUCAAUAUAAUCCCUGUUCUACUUUUUUUGGAAAGUACAAAUGCCACAUAAUUGAGUUUCUUCACUAUUACACUUUUGUGUUUGAAUUUUUUACAUCGAUUAAAAAAUGAAAAUAAAGCAAUUCAAUCAAG